AUGGGAUACGACGCCGUAUUACCACUUCGUCUUACAAAGCAGCUACUGAUACUCGGACAGAUCUACAGUGGCGCAGCGGCAACAAUGGCGGCGUAUAUGAGCAUGGGAGAAGCCCACCGGCGAAUCACCGAGUACCUAAACCGAUUCUCCGACGCCGUUUCAUCUCAGGACGGAAAAUCUCUCAGCCGCCUUCUCUCCAUCACCUCCGAUUCCUCCUCCCUUCAAUUCCUCGCCGACGCCCUCAACACCUUCCAGGAUGCUAACAGAAUUAUUAGACAAUCUGAGAGCUCUCAGUAUGCAGACAUUCUAGUUCCUGUAUUUCGUGCUUUGCAGAGUUAUCGACUAAGAAAUUUGGUUGAGUCUUACCUGGCCUUUGAAAAAGCUGCCAAUGCUUUUGUUCAAGAAUUCCGAAAUUGGGAAUCGGCUUGGGCUUUGGAAGCCUUAUGUGUGAUUGCGUAUGAAAUUAGGAUUCUUGCUGAGCAGGCGGAUAAAGAGUUGGCUUCCAUAGGUAAAUCACCAGAGAAACUGAAAGGUGCUGGCUCUUUCCUCAUGAAAGUGUUUGGUGUUCUUGCUGGAAAAGGACCAAAACGUGUUGGAGCUUUAUAUGUAACGUGCCAGCUAUUUAAAAUUUAUUUCAAACUGGGCACUGUCCACCUAUGUCGCAGUGUGAUAAGAAGCAUUGAAACAGCUAGGAUUUUCGACUUUGAGGAGUUUCCUGCCAGGGAUAAGGUCACCUACAUGUAUUACACUGGUCGUUUGGAGGUGUAUAAUGAGAACUUUCCAGCUGCUGACCAUAAAUUAUCUUAUGCGUUAACUCAUUGCAGUCCUCUGAAAGAAGCAAAUAUAAGGAUGAUUCUGAAAUAUCUGAUACCUGUGAAGCUCUCAAUAGGCAUCUUACCAAGGAAUUCACUUCUUGACAAGUUUAACUUAACUGAGUACAACAAUGUUGUGCUAGCUCUUAAAAGAGGCGAUCUGCGACUUCUAAGACAUGCCCUUGAAGAACAUGAAGACAGGUUCUUAAGAUCUGGUGUUUAUCUUGUCCUAGAGAAGUUAGAGCUCCAAGUUUACCAACGACUGAUAAAGAAAAUAUACAUCAUCCAAAAACAGAAAGAUCCAAAUAAAGCCCACCAGAUCAAGUUAGAAGUUAUUGUUAAGGCAUUAAAAUGGCUUGAGAUGGAUAUGGAUGUUGAUGAGGUGGAGUGCAUAGUUUCGAUUCUAAUAUACAAGAAUCUGAUGAAGGGGUAUUUUGCUCACAAGAGUAAAGUGGUGGUUUUAAGCAAGCAAGAUCCUUUCCCCAAAUUAAAUGGAAAACCUGUCACUUCAUAG